CAACCACCCGUUCAAACUUCAAGCUAAAUUCCAUAUCAAAACAAGGGCCCUAAAUUCAAAUUUAAUUUCACCCGGAUACUGGGUACUGAAACCGGAGGGGAUUGCAAGGAUGAGCGAUCUCCUUAACCACGCCUCUUUUCCUACGCAGCCGUUGACGGCGGCGCCGGCGAACGAUUCUCAGCCUCCGCCAGUUUCGACCUCUGUCGAAGCCCCAACUCAGCUCCCACAAGAAUCCACUCCGCCUCCCCAAUUCGAUCCCAGUCGAAUGAUUGGCAUCAUCAAAAGAAAGGCUUUGAUAAAAGAUUUGGCUGCUGCAUAUCACGCGGAGUGCCUUUCGUAUUGUCAACAGCUUUUGGAACUUCAAAGAAAACUUGAAGAGCGACAAGAUGACAUUAAAACUCCUGAGGAUUUGAGGAAAGAGCCAACAAGGCCCGCAAAACGAUUGAAGAAAACUCGUUAAGCAUCUUCAAGCUUUGGCACAGGCCUCCAAAUUACACUGUAUGGUGCUUUCCAUUCUAACAUUCUAAUUGUCACCUGAGGUUAGUAGAACAUGUAGUACAAACAGCCCUCCAAUGUUUCUGUCUAUACACACUGAAUUUGAGGUGUCUGGGAUUAUUCUAGAUUUGUUGUUGAAAAAUAAAACCUUUGUUGUGAGCACACUGUCCAUGAGAAUAUCUAUGUGGCAUCUGAAAUAGUUAAGCAUAAACCAGGUUUUGGCUU